UUUAUAAACAGACAGCCCCAUCAGUAGUCAGUCGUCCACUUAUACAUGUAAUUAAAUUAUUUAUCGUUAACGAGAGUAUAUUAUAAAUACGGUUCUCGUGUCUUAGUCAAACAAGAAAUGGGAGAAGAAAGGGCUCUAAUCUACAAACGAGAUAAAGCUCUCAAAAACAAAAAUGAAAACGCAAAAGUACUCUCCGUCGUUCAGAAAAAACUGGGUGACAUUUAUUUCUACAGGAACAAUUUUGAUGAUGCACUGGAAGCUUAUCAAAGUCAGCUCGAAGCCUGCGAGCACAUGGGAGACAAGCUCAACUGUGCCAUAGCUCAUCGAUUAAUUGGAGAAGUCUAUUUUAGUAAAGAAAAAUACGAGGUUGCUCUUUAUCAUCAGAACUUGUAUUUAGAUUUAGCUCUGGAGCUGAAAAACCUAAUAGAAGAACAAAGAGCCUAUGCUACAUUAGGUAGAACGUAUUUGUGUAUAGCAGAUAAUUUAAUUAAAGAUUCCGAGAAGGAUGAAAAGAUGAAAAACGUGAAUGAGGCAAACAGAGCAUUUUCAAAAAGCAUCCAACUGUGCGAAAAGUUAGAGGGACAAAUAAGUGAAAUUGAACUCAUGACUAUGAGGGCGAGACUGCUGCUGAAUCGUGGACUUGUCAAUGAGCAUAAAAAAAAAAUAGAGAAGGCUUUAGAAAUGUUAAACGUUGCCGAGUCUUUGUGUGAAAAAUACAAAUUGUCCGAGGACAAUCAUAGAACGAAAAUUGCUCUAGCUGGCCUGUACGAGCGUUAUGAGCACUUGAAAGAUCUAAAGCUUGCCCUAAAAAAAUUAGAUGAGGCAGCCAACGUUGAAGAUGCCAACUUGAAGAACACUGCACAUCUUUUGAAGGCAGAAUUGUUAUUGAGGAUGGGAAAAUGGUCGGAAGCUAAGAAAUUGUUACUCAAACUGUACAAAAAUGAAAAACUGUUGGAACCUGACAGACAACAAGUUUCCAAGCAAUUAAGAAAAGCCGUCGUGUUGGCACGAAAUGAUCUCGAGUUGUCGAUAGAAACAGACGAUACAGUUAAAGAAAAAAUUUAUGAAACGAUGGGCGAUGCGGCGACAGCCGUGCGCUCUUUCGACAAAGCCAUAGAGUACUAUGGUAAAAUGCUCUCGUUUGCCGAGAAAAACCAAAGUUCCCGGGUCGGCGCUGCAUUAACCAGUUUGGUCAUGACGUUCAAAGACGCCGGCAAGUUCAAAGAUGCCAUACCUUACGCACGUCGGGAGCUGGCCUUGUGCACCGACUUCAGGGACACCUGCACUUCGGCGCUAGGCCUUGCUGGCAUCUUGGAAGACGCUGGUGGAGAUCUCGAGGAAAUUCGCGAAAUGUAUGACAAAGCGCUUGCUUGUGCAAAAGAUAGCAACGACCUCAGUCUCCAGAAGAUGGUACUUACAGAGCUAUUGGAGUACCAGCGUCGGAUUAACAAUCAAACGGAGGUCGCCCAAUUGACAAAGGAACUAGACGCUCUGCCUUACAUUGAGUCUCAAGAGAUUCAGGAAGAGGAUUCGCCGGAUGUCGGUGCAGACAUCGAUCUGGAUGAGCUUUCGGAUUCGGAUGCCGAGCAGGAACAGAAAGAAGAGGAGGAAAAAGUUAUGGGGCAUCAGUUAAAGAAUGUGAGCAGACAUAGAUUCAAGAGACCCAGACUCUUCAAGCCAAACGAAAAGGGCGAGACUCCGUUACACCUUGCCUGCAUAAAAGGUGACGUAUCCAAGGUGGAAUACUUACUGGAGGAAAAGCACCCAACGUUAGUAAAGGACAAUUUUGGCUGGACGCCUCUCCAUGAAGCCUCGAAUCACGGCUUCACGGAAAUCGUGGAUCUCCUCAUCCGCCACAAAGCUGAUAUAAACAAUCAAUGUGACGGUGUCACACCUUUGCACGACGCAGCGGCUAACGGGCAUUUUUCGGUAAUUCGAUUACUGCUGGAAAAUGGGGCGGAUCCAAAUUUGCUGACCAAAGUGGGUGAAACGGCACUAGAUUGUUUGGAGCAGUGGAAAGAGCGCAUAGACAAUUUAACGUCAAGAGAUCUAAAAGAGUACGAGGAUGUACGGAAGAAGCUUAUGAAGAUAACGACUGUGACUAGUAAAAAGAAGAAGGCGAAAAUCAGUAGUAAUCGCAGCAGGAGUGCCCUUAUCGAUGAGGAUGCUGAUGACAGUGAUGAAAUCAUUGCGCCGUCAACAAUAGAUACAUGGGAGCAACCAAAAAAAAUAUCCAUGGGAGAAGUAUACAAGCAGACGAUAGCAAAUUUGCAGCCGUCAAACCGACUAGCUGCGCCUCUAAAACCAAUCCACCAAUUGCCGAAAAUAACAGCACCACUCAUUGACAGUGAUGAGCUGUUGGUCAAUGAGUGGCUCGAAGAUGACAUUGGCAUCUCGCAUCAAGGACGCGAAAGGCCUUACUUCAAUGGUGUUCCUCAAGGCGUCACAAACAGUUCCACAAAUAAUAUUAAAAGGAAAUCUGUGACAGAUAUUGAUGUCGAAAUCGAGGUUGACAAGAGCAGUAAGAGAUCAAAACUCUCUGACGAAAGCUGUUUAAUGAUCACCGACGAAAGCAGCAAUGGGAGCGACGCAAUUGUGGACGACCCGUUCGACACAGCCAUAUGGCCAAAAACUAAGAAAGCCCGCCAGCUAAGUCUUUUCAAGCAAGGCUUCACGAAGAGUAACGUUGUUUCAAAAUCUCCUUCACCCAUUACAGUAAAAUCAGUUAGUCCCGAACCUGCCGUUUACACAUCUAGUCUUUCGAGAUCGGAGUACGAGAGGCGGUCUUGGGAAUCGUCGAUGAGUGAAACUUUCGAUCUUGAGAUCACUCUCGAUGGUGAACUUUUUGAGCUUAAACUUCACUAUCGAGAUUUAAGAAAAACAAUGAACGACAUAGAGGAGCUGAUAAGGCACAAAUUUGAAGCUAAAACCGGAUGCAGACCUAAGAUAAGGUUCAAGACGAUUGAAGGGGUCGCACUUUCGGCCGAAGUUACGCUUGAAGGAGUACCCAAGGAUAAAAAUAAAUUGAAGCUAUUUGGUGAAAUUACGCAAAAUGAGCUGCCGCCAAUUGCGGAUAGAUAUAAAAAGGUUUGCGAGACCCUUGGCGUAGAUGUUACUGAUUUGAUGUUGAAAUCUUUGCGCAGUUGCGAGAAUACUUCGACUUUCCGUCUGAACACGUCCAACGUUUUUGUAGAGGAGGAACUUGAGCCGCUGAUCAAGUGUCUCCACUAUCAGCUAAACCUUCAGAGUAUCAAUCUAUCAGGUGCAACUUUUUUUGCACGGGGCGAUUUGUUAAAUCUAACCAUCUCAAAAUUAAGUGGACUGUGUGAACUACACCUCCAAGGCUGUGACAUCGAUCAAGAGUGCUUGGAGCAGGUUGAAAAACUUCCUGCUGCAUUGCGAGUUUUGGAUCUAUCAUACAAUCCUCUAGGAAGUAAAAGCCAAGAAAAGCUCUUAAAAUUGAUCGAGCCGUUAGAGAGAUUGCAAACGCUCAAUUUGAGGGCUUGCGAACUUGACGACUUCAGGUUUAAAUUCACAUGCAGGUCUUUGAUAAACCUAGAUAUCUCGUGGAAUGCGAUCGGCGGCGACGGUGCAGCGAACCUUUUGCAGCGGCAGUUGCUCAGCUUGAAUCUAUCCAAUACGCUCUCUAAUCGCAGCAACGUCAUCGACAAGCUGUUCUUCAACGAAUCUGAGGGUUACUCAUACAGCACACUAGAGUAUCUGGAUUUAAGCUCGUGUCAAGCGACGGACUUUGACGUCGAGAAAAUCCUUUCGAAAACGCCGAAUCUUACAAAGCUCAUUUUAAAUAACAAUCCCAAUGUCACACAAACGUCCUUGUCUGCAAUUUUAAUACGAAAACCGACCUUAAAUUACAUAGAUUUAAGCGGAUGUAAACUCAUUGAAGAUCCGCCUCCAACUAACUUACGAAUCGCCACACCCCAAGUCUGCACUUUACUUGUACAUAUGAACUCUUUGGUCGUGGACUCAUGGGAAGUUUUGUGGCAAGGCAAAAGCAAGACAAAGAGACUGCCCGAUUCAUUUGUGAUAUUCAAAUCGCCUUAAAAUUUGAUUUUUCUCUUGCUUAUGUACAUAGUUUAGUCAGUAUUACUAAAAAGUUGAACAAAAAUGAAUGUUAAAACUUGA